GUUAGGUUUUUAUUUUAUUUUUUAACAGUAGCUAGCUAGCUCUUUUACAAACAGGAAAACAAUACUUUUUUUUUUAACUCACUUGUUCCAUGGCUUAAAAUCCAUUAUACCGGACAAAUCAGCUGUGGACGAAAAUACACACUGUUGAGGGCUGCUUUGGUCCAGAAUUGACUUACACUUUUGGAUGCAUGACGAGGAUCUGAAAGAUGACGACCGAGACCCACGUCAAGGACAUCAAGCCAGGACUCAAGAAUCUCAGUGUCAUCUUCAUCGUACUUGAAACAGGACGAGUGACAAAGACAAAGGAUGGGUAUGAGGUGCGGACCUGUAAGGUGGCCGACAAGACUGGCAGCAUUAGCAUCUCAGUUUGGGAUGAGGUAGGGGGACUGAUCCAAACCGGUGACAUCAUCAGACUCACUAAGGGAUAUGCGUCUGUGUUCAAAGGUUGCCUGACUCUGUACACGGGUAGAGGUGGAGAGCUGUCGAAGAUUGGAGAGUUCUGCAUGGUGUAUUCAGAGGUACCAAACUUCAGUGAGCCUAGCCCAGAGUACUCUAACAUGGACCAGAUGAAGAACAAGACUGUAGUUGGUGACCAAGGAAACAUACUGAACAACAACAAUAACAGCUCUGCUGGUAAUGAAACUACCAAUGGGAACGGUGUAAACUCUCAAGGUUCCGGGAGCUUGACUAAUCCUCAACAGGGAGGGCAGGCUGGCAGUGAUGUUGGCAGCAGAGCAGCCAAUCCAGGAGCAGGAGGGACAGCUGUCAGCAAUGGAAAGGAGACUAGACGUUCAGCAAAAAGAUGAUUGGAGCAGAAGGAAGCAAAGUCCACCCCUCUCCAGAAAUGUCAAAUGAGACUAAUGCUGCGUUCGAAGUGGAAAUUUACCACCAGAGGUGGACUCUAAAUGGAUAAAACUCAUUUUGGCAUGAACCUUGCUAUUGAGGGUUUCACCAUUUUAAAGUAGUCAAAUGGGUGGGACUUCCUAUGGGUAAGGAAGCAUCACAUGAAGGAUGAGUCAAGUUUUUCACUAGUAAUUACCAGCUGGAGGGCUGUUCAAAUGUAUUUUCCCAGUUGUAUGUGGUAAACGUUAAGACAUUUUAAUUAGGUUUGUUUACAAGGAACACUAAAGUUCACUAAAGGUUAUGUAACCAUCAAGAAAAAGUAUUUGUGAGAAAAA